AGGUUUGUCAGUCAAGGGUCAGAGUCUACGUGGUGAGGUCUGGAACCACUAACCCAGUUGUACACUUAUCACCAUGGUUGGGACCCGUAGUGGGUUAGAGACUAGCCCCUAUAGUAAGGAGCAGCAAGAAAAGAUGGUCGCCUUAGUCMAAGWGAACAGGGAGAGAAAAGAGCGUGAGAAGCAAGCGAAGCUAAAGGCUAUCGCAGACGAGCAGGCGGCGAAGAUGAAGAGAUUGGAGGAGGAGAUGAAGAAAGUACAACAAGAGGAGGAAGAAAGAAGAAAAGUUGUUGAAGCAGAAGCGGCAGCAGAAGAAGAGAAAAAGAGAAUGAGGAUUGAGAGUGGAGAAGAAAGCAGCGGUGGCACGAUGAAGAGGGAGACAGAUAUUGAGAUGGAGAACAAGAUCAGCGAGUGGGUCGCUAAUUUAUCGUUGGGUGAAGAGGAGGAGCCAGAGUCCUAUGUGACUGAGGAUGAGAGGGCUGCGCUAGCCAAUGAGCUAGCGACAAUGACAGAUCCGAUGGAAAGGCAAGAAAGGGAGGAGGAGCAGAAACUGGCAUGGAAGUUGAGGAUGAAGCGAGAGAAGAAGAGGAGGAGAGAGGAAGUGAGUAAAAUGACUGCAGAGGUAGCGAAGGUGCAAGCGUGCAGGCAGGAGGUGUUGGCCCAGCCAGAUGAUAAGGCCAAGUAGGACAAGGUACUGGGGUACCUGGAAGUGUUGAGCAAGGCCUGGAUGGAAGAGCCUCAGGCUAGCUGGAGCCAAGAUGUAGCCUUGAGUGCCAUGCGAUCAGGGUUUAGAGACUUUGCGCGCAAGAUCGUCACCCAUAUUGGGGGCGAAGUUAAGCAAUUGAGAGACAAUGUAGGGAAGUUUUCUGAGGGCGCCAUUCAGGGUGCCAAAGCUGUAGCCGCUGUAGAGGGAGAGGCCAGACCCCGUAAGGACCCAAUGAAAUUUAAGUUCCCAG